AGGCAGAGGUGGCUAAAAUCAAGAGGAAACUGAUUUUCGAGUUCUGUCACAAGUAUGUUUGGUCAAUGAACAACGGCUCUUAUUUGGAGGAAAUUACCAUAAGCAUGAAAACAAACAUGAUAGAAUGUCUCUCUACUCCUUUUCAGAUUUAAUAAACAUAUGUCACUGUGUUGUAUCAGAGGGCAGAUUGUUGCUCUUUGUCACAGUCUCACAUCACUAUUAGAUGAAGUGCCAAACAUCCGUGAAAACCAUUUUGUGACUGGACCACCCAAUGAAACCAGAUCAGACCUGCAGUCUGAAGAGAACAUGUGCCCUGAUCCAAGGACAUUUCAACCUCGCCCUAAAAGACUGUUAUCAGCUGAUGGAAAGAGUCUCGUAAACCUGUGGUUCAUCCCUCAUUACACAGAGGUGCUGCUCAUGUUCAAAUCUCUCGAGGAAAAGGAAUGUCAACAAGCUCUUCAAAACACACUGCAAAUAAUAUCAUCUCUUCAUGAUGUUGUCUAUUUCCUGGUGAGCUUUGCUCGGCUGGGCAAUCCAAACACGUCCUUCAAUCCCAGCAGUGCUCAGAGACUUACAGCGAACUGGGGCGGAUCUGAGAGCAUCGGGGCUGAGCUGUGGGACGUCCAGCGACAGAUUGACUCUCUCCAUGAGCCCAGAAGUUCAGAGGCUGUCGGGCGGCUCCUGCAGCUACACAGGGAAGUUCUCUUCCUGCGCUUUGAUACUGCAGUGCGGUACAUGAUCAGGGAAGUGUUCCUCACCUCUGGAAACAUCUCAGCCUAUCAAAGCGUGAGUGAAAACAUGAGCCACGCCCUCCCAAUCAUGAGUGACAGUGUGAAGGGAGAAGCCAGUUUUCUCUCUGUUCCUCAAACACUAGAUCCAUGCUGCCUGCAGGCCCAAAAAUUGUAUCCAUGGAGAUCAUUUCUUGCAUGCCAUGGAUCACACCCCUUGAUCAUAUGGGACGUCCCACCGAUUGAAUAUUACAUGCAGCUCUGUUUGUGUGAUCUGAAUGACCGCUGUAGAAUGGAGGCUAACGGGGCGAUACUGGGCGUAGCUCUGAUUAUUGACGAUGUGCUCAGUAGUGGACAAGACGCAGGACCCCUUCAGCUACAAAGCACUGGAGGCCCCAACAAUACUGUUGAGUCUGGGAAAGAAGACUCCAACGAUAACAUGGGAAAUGAGGGGGGAAAAAAUGAAGUUAUGUCUAAAAUUCAAGACCCCAUAAGAUCCCUGAUGAACCAGCGAGGAUUUUUACUGCUUUGGAAACAAAUGGAAGUUUUCAAAGAGAGCUGGACACAUCGACAGCUGGGUUUGGUGAAAAUAAACACCCCUGCAGUUUUUAAAAACAUCUCACAACUUUACAGAACAGAGAUUUACUUUCCCAGUAUGCAAGCUCUGGCCCAGCACAUGGGUAAAGAGAAGGAAUAUGAGCUUGUGCUGUCUCAGAAUCAGUCUGUUCAACCACCUCCAGGAGCAGCAGAGGUUGACAUCAAAACAUGGCAGUUACUGCGACUCUUGGAGAUCACAGAGUGUGACAUGAUCCGAGCCAUUCAGAUGAGGAUUAGCGGUGAAAUGACUCUAGUGAUGUCAGAGCGCACACGGCAUGACACCGGGCUCCCUGCAGAUCUGUGGAAAAAGGCCUCCAUGAAGCACAGCUUCUCACUUGAAAGACCCCAGGUUGUGGAGAAUUUCAUCCAGCAGUUAAUGAACGGUAACGAGGAUGAGACUGAAGCACAGGUGACCUUCUCCAAAGCUCAUCUGCAGGAGUGUUUGACUGAUCUAGCUUGCGCUGUAAUGAAUCGCGAGCGGAGCACCUUCCAGCAAUAUUCACAGUUCUACGAGCAAAUCCUUCAACAGCAGGGACAACUACUCUACCAGAGAGAACAGGAUGUUAAAGAGCUUGAAGGCAAAGAUCUGCAAGCCAAUGACUCCUAUACAAAGGUAGCAGAGGUUUGUCGGGAGAUGAUGGUCGAGAUCACAGCUCUACGUGCCAGAGUAACUCAACUAGAGGAGGAAAGGAGAAGUUUAGAUCAACAUCUCAACCUUAAACACAGAGAACGUUAUGACACGCUGGUUCGCCAGCUCUUUUCUACGUGUAUUCUUCUGAAGUCACAGCUUGACAAAUACCAUGUGAAUAUGGACCAAGAUGUGAGACAGAUGGUGAGCAGAGUGAGGAAAGAGGGCAUAGACAGAAUCAUCAAACUGAAAAAUAAAUUGUCAUCUACCAAAGAUAACGAGGCCCUCACUCAGACCCUUAAUGAGAAAGAGGUGUUAGAAGAUCUUUAUGCAGAGAAUAGCAAGCUGGCUGGACUUCUCUGUAAACUGAAAGCAUUUCAAUACUGGAGACUGGCGGUCGAUCAAGGCAAACUGCAAAAAGAGCUGCUGCAAUGGCAACAGAAUGAGGGGUCCUAUAAAACAGAAGCCGUUAAAGUGAAGAUGAUCUCAAAACAGAGAGAGAUCGCACUAAAACAAGAGCUUGAUGCUGUGAAGGAGGCCAUGCUGCAGUAUAAGACCAAUUAUGAACACAUCAAAAGACAGAUCACCAUGCAGUCUCAGAAGCUACAGGACGUGGAACACCGAUCUGCACGAGACGCACAAAGCCGACAAGAACUUGAGAACCUGCGAAUGCAAAGUCUGGAGCAGCUACAGGAGGACACAGUGGACAAAGACGGUCAGCUCCGAGCUCUGAGCGCACAACUAGAGAAGAACAGUCGAGAGACGGAACUGCAACAACAACGCAACCACAAGCAAAUCAAACACGUGAGAGAUCAGCUUCAUCAGGAACGGAGCCUGAAACGAGAAGCAUUCCAGCAUGUAGACAAACUACAAAGUCAGAUCCACAGUUUUCAAGAUGCAUUGUCUCAAUCCACCAUUCCCUCAGGACGGCAAAGUUCCUCAAGAAAGCUGCGUUUAAGAAAUGCUUCAGCUGGAUUGCUAAGGAAAAACUCAGCUACAUCAUUUACAAACAGUAGCUUUAUAUAUAGAGAUUAUACAACUGAAGGCCUUGAUAUUCAGACUGGUUGGAGGGAGUCUUGGACACCUCUGGAAAGACCAAAAACAAACACCAGUGGUCUACAUCUGGACAUUUCAGAAGCGCUUUUGCCCAGUCUUACUGAUGGAACCUCACCUUCUAACCAAACAACAUAUCAGAAUCUAAGACUGGGUCACAAAUAAUCAUCUGAACCACAUAUUAACAACAGAUCUGAUGCCUUUCCAUUUAUUGUUAGACCUUUGACUGAGAAGAUAGAAAAUUGGGGGAGAGAUGGGAUGAAUGGUUUCGGGAUGCAAAACACAGGCUGGAUUCGAACCUGUGUCUCCCACGUAUGGUCUAAGGCUCAUGCGCAAAGCACAUGCACUACUGUAACUGCUAGUCCACAGAUCUGAUCCUUUUUUAUCUGAAUUGUGCAUUUAUUAACUCACUAGUAAUGCUUAACAUUUACCAUAAUCAUUAUAGAGUGCAACAGUCUGGUUCUGGAAGUAAAAUUCCCAUUCAUAUUCUCCAUUGGGGAAUAGAUUUUAAACACGAACUUAUAAACCUUUAAAGACAGACUGUUAAUCGAUGAUAUAUGCUUCUGUUGAACUCAUCAGUAUGUGUUAUUUCAAAUUCAUAUUUAAAAAAUCGUGUUUAAUAGUGGAAUUUCUGGUGAUGAACUACACUACCCAUAAUCCUACAGAAUCACAAUGAACAAAGCACGCCAAAAGAGCUCUGAAGCGACCGCUCACUCCCAUGACACACUAUGAAUGACGCAAGAGUCAUUCUCCCUAUACUCUCAAACAACUGAUAUUUAUACAUUUCUACUAAUGUAUGACUGUUUUGAAAUAAAACUAAAAUAUUUUUAUAUACUUAUCAACAACUUUAAAUCACUAUUUUCAUAUUACACCAUUUGCUUCGUGGGAUUGUAGUUCAUUCACUCAUUAACUAUGGUAUUUUUAUAUUUGAAUAAAUGUUUAAAAUAAUAAUAAAUAAAUAAUAAUAAUUAAAUAAUAAUAAAAAUGGUUUGACUUUUCCUCCAUUUGAAUCUGAACAUACAAAAAAAAAAAAAAAAAAAAAAAAAACUUGAGCUUGAUUCGAUAAGUCUAAGUGGACGUUAAAAAAAGCAACACCUUUGGUAUUCGCAGUCAAAAUUGACCCACCAUUGAAAAUGAAUGGGAAAGACAAAAAAACAGCAAAAAAAGAUUUUUUUAUCUGUCAAAUACAAUCAAUAAAUCAGCCACAAUGCAGAAACAAACACACAGAAAUUACAGGGUGAGACUCUAAAACAUCCUCAGUGCAAAAUAUACACACCCACUCACACACAAACACACACAAGAAUUAAAUGGUGAGACUUUCACACAACACUUUUUUUUUACAUUUAUCAAAUAAAACAAAUAAAUCAGCCACAAUGCUAAACACACUCAGAAAUAAAGGGUUUAGAUGAUAACACACUCACAAUGCAGAACACACACACACACACACACACACACAAACACAACCAACCAGGGCAUCAAUAAGUGGAGCUCUACAGCUCUUGUGGUCAUUGUUGGCAUUAUAAGUCAUCUGUUGUUUUCCAGCUGAUGACAGCAACCUGACACCCUCACAAACAUACACACAAAAUAAAUGUUUACU